CCGGCCCCGCAUGUGUGAAUGUUUAACUGACGUGACGUGUUUGUGGUCAAAGUUUAGUCCUUCAGGAGACUCGGGCAGAAUGACUUCAGCAGGAGGAGGAUCAUCCCUGCAGGUCCAUGCAGUCCGGUUCGGUCCGGGUCAGGAGCUGCUGGGAUCUCUGGAGGCCUUCGUGGAGGAGAGGAGACUCCUGGCGCCGUUCAUCAUCACGUGCGUGGGCAGCGUCACCAAGGCAACGCUGAGGCUGGCCAAUGCCACGGCGACAAACACAAACCAGGUAAUCCACCUCAGCGGCCACUUCGAGAUCGUCUCCCUGGUCGGUACGCUGAACCGGGACGCCCACCUCCACAUCUGCCUGUCUGACGCCGAGGGCGGGACGGUCGGUGGUCACGUGCUGGGAGACCUGGAGGUGUUCACCACAGCCGAGGUGGUCGUCGGCGACGCGGUCGACCUGCACUUCGUCAGGGAGAUGGACGAGCGGACGGGUUUCCCCGAGCUGGUGGUGCAGCCGCGCCCACAGAGCAGAGACAACUGACCCGUGAAGGAGGCCACACAGCAGCCUCGCCGUGACGAAGCCGGAAGCAGCCUGUUCAGAGCGUCAUGUCACCGUGUUUGGAUUGCAGCGUCUGCAAACCACAGAUGCGUUAGUUUAGUCUGGUUUAUGUGCAUCACAUCAGCGUCGUUGCAAAAGGCAUGAAAGUAGAAAUCAGUGCAGCCAUUUUGAUGAAGGCCCUUGGAGGUGUCCAUAAUCAGGAAUGAACCCCAUGUCUUAGACUCAUUCCUGACAGUGGACACCUCGUGGUGUGUUACUCAUACAAACAAAUUAAAGAACAGAAGAACCUUU